UACGUUAGUAAGAUACUUGUUCCCUACUUCGCCCGCCAGAAGGAGAAGUUGGGCCUGCCCGAAGAACAGGAAUGUAUCCUGCAACUUGAUGCUUGGAGUGUCCAUCGUGGACAAGAGUUUGCAACCUGGACGGAGAAGAUGUUCGCAUGGGUACUGCACGAGUACGUCCCCGGCGGUUGUACAGCACUUUUCCAACCAUGCGAUGCAGGCAUGCAGCGGCCCAUCAAACACACAAUCUGGCAGGCACAACACGAGGACGUCGUCAGUGAGGCUCUUGCGAGGAUCAAUCAUAACAUCACGUUGAAGAGCAAAGGCCAGCCCAAAGAGCCGUUGAAGCUGGACGUGACAGUCGGGGUUCUCAGGAAUCGGAGGUUAGGGUGGCUCGUCAAGGCAUAC